GUCCACUAUAUGAGAUUUAAGAGCAACAAGCCCAUCUCAAUAGGAAAACAAUGGAAAAUUUUCUUUCCUCGCUCACUUUUCUCCUUACCUUCUUGAUGAUUUUUAUUUCUUUCAAAUGGAUUUCAUCACAUUCCAAAAUGAAAAAAAAGUUACUUCCUUCUCCAUGGAAAUUUCCUGUUAUUGGAAAUCUCCACCAACUAGGCUCAGACCCUCAUCGCUCCCUCCAAGGCUUGUCCCGAAAAUAUGGUCCAAUCAUGCACCUUCAUUUGGGCAGUGUACCUACGCUUGUAGUCUCCUCUGCUGAAGCAGCCCAUGAAAUCAUGAAAACCCAUGAUUCUUCGUUUGCUAAUCGUCCCAAUUUAACCAUACCAAACAUAUUAUUGUAUGGUUGCAAGGACAUUGCAUUUUCUCCUAGUGGGAAAUACUGGAGACAAUUGAAAAGCAUGGUAGUAAAACAUCUUCUUGGUAAUGCCCAAGUGACGUCAUUCCAGAAGGUAAGAGAAAAGGAGCUAGGUCGUAUGCUAGAUGCCCUUGGAGAAAGCUGUGGUUCAUCUGUUGAUAUUGGUGCAAUGUUUGUGUCACUUACAGAAAACAUAAUAUGUUCCGUGGCACUUGGGAAGACAAGUGAUGGGUCAGAUCUCAAAAAAAUAAUACAAACUUUCUUAGACAUGUUCACUUUUUUUAGUGUUGGCACUUAUGUUCCAUGGUUGUCAUGGGUUGAUCAUGUUACUGGUUUAGUGGGACGGGCUAAAGCAGUUGCUAGACAAUUUGAUGAGUUUCUUGAAGGUGUUAUCGAAGAACAUGUAAUGAAGAAAGGAGCGGCUGAAGCAGUCCCAAACAAAGGAAAAGACUUCGUUGAUAUUUUACUAAACGUCCAGAAAGAUGGAACAACGGACUUUACCUUUCAAAGAGAUACUGUUAAAGCUGUAAUCUUGGAUGUAUUUGUUGGCGGAAUAGACACUGCAGCAUCAAGUCUAGAGUGGGUAAUGAGCGAGCUAGUAAGACACCCAGGAGCAAUGAAAAAGCUACAACACGAAGUAACCGAAGUAGCUCAAGGAAGACACAUAAUUGCUGAGGAGGAUUUGGAGAAAAUGCAUUAUCUAAAAGCCGUCAUACAAGAGAGCUUGCGACUGCAUAUGCCAGCCCCACUUCUACUUCCACGGAUAUCCACACAAGAUGUGAAACUAAUGGGGUAUGAUAUUCCAGCACGUACACAAGUUAUUGUCAAUGCUUGGGCGAUAGGAAGAGAUCCUAUGUUGUGGGAAGAAGCAGAAGAGUUUAGACCUGAAAGGUUCUUGAAAAAUAAAAUUGACUACAAAGGCCUUAAUUUUGAGUGGCUUCCAUUUGGUGCUGGUCGAAGAACAUGCCCUGGCAUUCAAUUUGGAGUAGCUAUCAUGGAGCUUGCAGUAGCAAAUAUCGUAUACAAGUUUGACGUUGGAUUGCCAAAUGGAGUCAAACACGAGGACUUGGACAUGAGUGAGAAAUAUGGCGUUAUACUCCGUAAGAAGUCCCCCUUAGUACUUACUACAACCGCUCGGUUCUAGUGAUUGGUCCUAGUAUAUAUGUAUGCUUCCGUGGUACUAAAUAUAUGAUUCUAGUGACCGAUCAAAGUAUGUAAACUUUUAUGGUCGUAAAUAAAUGAUUCUCGUGUACUCAGUAACUAGCAGAUAUAUUCAUAUUGUUAAUUAUUGUUUCGGCCUA